CUUAGCGCAUUGUCGAGGGCGGCCUGGCCUCAUUGAGUUUUCAUCAUGGAGAAACCGGGUCAAAAAGUGUGGUAAAAAAAACAUACCCUGUUAUUUCAUAGAGCCCAAAUGUCUUAGCUCAUCAACAAUGAGGAGCUCCAGCUCUGAAUUGCUCCUUGAUCAACAAGAGGAGCUACGAAAACGCAAGAUCAAGGAGUUGGCCGCAGCGAAAAAAGCUCAGACGCGACAACAAGGAUCUAGAAGUUGUCGCGAACAAGCCUUAUUCUAUGCCACAAGCCUGCUAGCCGUGCUGGCCAUGGCCGCAGGCUCGUCACUUCUUUUCUUGGUACCACUGUACGUCGACCCUGCCAUCUCUACACUGGCUAGUGACUUUGUUACUGAACCUGUCACUUGCAUAACUACGAGAGUUGAUCAACUUUCAGGUUUGGCAAAUUGUUCAUGGAGUUCCUGUCGAGAAGGAUGUACGAGUGACGCGUAUCAUUGUACCCAUAUCUACGUCAGUUACAACGCAACUAUACCUGGCCUUAAUAAUACCGAUGAAGCGGUACUACUAGUAAACAUCAAGGGCUGUGGGUAUCCGCCAAAAAUACGAUGCGCCAAUUUCACUGAAACUUUUGGUGAAGAAGGUAGUGAGUUUCCUUGCUAUCCUUCUAAGGAAAAUGGUACGGUAGUGCUGACGCAUUAUGUUAAGGAUGAACAGAUCGCAAUAAUUAUCCAUUACUUUGCAAUACCUUUUGUGGUGACAUUAGCAACAUCAGUAGCAUUAUGCGUGAUGCAUUGUGACUGUACAUGUACGCCAGCCAGAAGGCGUAAUAUGAGAUCGCGCAGACCUCCUCGUAUACCAUUAAGGCCAGAUUAUAGUGAUGGGUCGAUAAGUAUGGGCCUUCAGCCUGCGUUUUCCUAACCAAAGAUAGUCUAGAUAUUUUGUCUUUUUUUCUAAUUGAAUCUAAUGAUCCUACUUUUUUAAAUGGAAACAAAAAUAUGGUAUGGUCAAUUAGGUAGAGCGAAACACAAAAUCAGAACUCAUACAAUUGAUUUUCUCGACUAACUUUGCUUUUUGUCAUAUGGUUAUUUAAUCGAGCUAAAAGAUCAGAACAAGAUUAUGCUGAAACUUUUUUAAAGCCAAACUUUGAUAAAUCACAUAAAUACCUAAAAGGCUACCAGCGCAACCCCAGAAAGAGUCUCUGAGAUAAUUUUCGAAAAAAUAAAUAAAAAUCAGUUUAGGUUUUCACAUAUUUAUCCGCCCCAUGAUUUUUCCCAACUUCACAUCUACCACAUGAAUCCUUUACAUUUCAUGUGUUUGUUAUUUUCAUAUCUUUCUACCAAUUAAGUCUUCAAACGCAAAAAUGAAAGUUUUCUAUUUUAAAAUUUUUAGGCCUGGAAAAGGCAGUGCAAUAUACAACCAAUAAAUAAAUCAAGAAUAAAAAGCAACGGUUAGCAGUUGAAACCAGCUCAAACAAAAUCAUUUGGACGAUGAUAUAGAAGUUGAGAAACUGAAAAGGAAAACUUCCACAUAAUUUUGCUUUCAGUUGUAGGGCAUUUUGAAGUUACUCAUCGGCAUCUUUUUAAAUUAGCUACAAAACUGUUCCAGUUUUUAAGUGUGGCAUGUCUCAUAACAUGACGAAAUUAUGGAAACUUUCGAAUCAUAUACUCAGUGUUAACUAUGUCUUUAUCUUUCUCCGAUAGACAUAGCAGACGACCAACCUCAUUCUCAAUUCAAUUUUUAGCUCAAAAAAUGUUCAUGUAUAAACAUUCUGUCAAAAGCUAACUCACAAAUCUAACAACCCAGCGCAGUUAUUGCAGGUUCUUGAUUCUAUAUUUUCCGAAAGAUUCUCAAAUUUUUCAUUGGAAUGUCAUCGAGACCUGUUGCUUCACAGUUCAGGUUCUUUUUGGUAUUCAAAAGGCAACUUAAUAAUAAUUAUAUUAUGUGUUUUGUAGGUUCGUGAUACCUGAUACGCUGAUACCAUUAAAAAACGAGUAAUUUUUUAUCUUCAUUUAAAAAAUGUUGAUUGCUGGGUUUGUUCUGGAAAUACCACAAUUUGUUUUUGUUAAAAUUUUGAUAGGAAAGCGUAAAUAGUGUGAACUCCAAGCCAAUAGGAAAUUACUUCAAUUUCAUAGCGGUAUUCUUGAAAAUACUUGCAAUCGUAUAUUAAUAAUAGGUACUGCCUCGAUUCAUAUUGAAACCAAUUAUUAAGAGAAUGUUGAAAAUUUAGUAGAGAUAUAUUUGAGCGCUAUUAUAAUGGAAAAAAUCUUUAAAAAAAAAAUCUGUGUUAACAAUAUUCAAUAAAUUAGCUUAAGAGUGAUAGAUUUAAAUAGAAUUAUUACAACGCAUACCUUAGAACUUGGAGUCGCCCAGAUGAUUUUGUCAAGAUAUAUAGAGCGUUCUUUCAUACAUAUUGUAUUUUUAUAAAAAGUUUAUAUUAAUUUUGUUAAUAUGAUGUGUUGACAAAUACAAAAACAAAGUUUAAGUUGCAUGAAGCAUAAAGGUUAGAGUCUUAAUAUCUUUAGAAGUGUUGAUUUUUGUAAUAAAUUUUAUAUUAAAU